AUGGGUUUGUCCCGGCCGUCCGUCGGGACGCCCUCGAUCUCCUUGACGAUGUCCAUGCCUUGGCGCCGCGUCGCCGACCUCCCGUUCGCCCUGUCCGAUUUCACGGCCACGCUGGUCCCGAACCGCGGCCGCAUUGUUAUCGUCGGCGGCUGCGAUGAAGAUCAAGUGGCGGAGGAUGAAUGGACCUUCUGCCCGUCCAUCUCCAAGAAAGUGCUCCUCUACGACUACGCGGCGGACACGUGGUCGCGCGGCCUCGACGCACCGCGGGAGCGCUACCGCCACGCGGCGGCCACCGACGGUCGCAAGCUCUACGUGCUCGGCGGCCGCGACGUCGCGGAGAACCUCGUGCCGCAGACGGACGUUUAUGAUACGCAGACCGGCAAGUGGGCCACGAUCGCCGCCGAGGUGCCGCGGUCCGAUUUGGGCGCGAUCUGGAACGACGCCGGGGAUUUGGGAUUGCUGGGUCCCCACAUCUUCGUGGCCGGCGGCUACAACGCGGACUACUCCGUCGCCUUCGCCGACACUCUCAAAAUCAACCCGGAGACCGGGGAGACCUCGCCGGGCGCGAACCUACUCACGGGCCGGGGCGACUUCGGCUUCGUGAGCACGGGGGCCAACGCCCGCGCCUACGCCGUCGGCGGCUUCAACUCGGACGACUUCUGCACGCCGUUGGCGUCGGUGGAGACGCUCGACCUGAACAGCAACUGGCCCGACUUCGCGCCGUCGAAGCCUUUGUUGGUGGCUGUGUGGAAAUCAAAAUUUUAUGGCGCGUUCGUGCUGAAUCAUCGUGUCGUCCUCCACGCCAUCGACGCGACGCCUGCUCGAUGGCGUGGCGAUGCCGGUUCUUCGCCGCUCGACCGAGCCAGGUCGGUCGCGUCAUCGCCGAGAAAUGACUUCGUGAAGAAUUGUCGGGUGCACCCGACGCACUGGUUGAUUUCCACACAGGUUGGUGGGGCGGGCUGACAAGGCCGUGGCCUACGGCGAGGACGCCCUGUUCGCCGUCGGCGGCGAGCGCAACCCGCAGUGCUCGGGCAGCGCGCCGCAGGACGACGUCGAGAAGCUGGGCGCUGUGUGGAAAUCAAAUUUCGGGCGCCCCAUCGACGCGAUAUUGUCCCCGUAGCUGUGCCUGCGCGAUGGCCUGGAUUCCACGCCAUCGACGCGACGUUGUCCCCGUGGCCGCGUCGGCUCGAUAACGUAACUCACCGGUUGAUUUCCGCAGGCUGGGCGUGCACCCGGAGAGCGACGGCUGGGCGGUCAUUUCGGAUCUGCCGGACGAGCGCUUCCGCAACGCGGCCGUCGUCGUCGAGGGCUGGCUCUACAUCUUCGGCGGCCAGGACGAGGCGACGCAGAACUGCCUGAGCAACAGCGCGUGCUACCCCGUGCGCGAGACGGCCUGGCGCCUGUGGGUCGGCGAAGGACCGGACCCCACGCCCGACGAGAACACGGGCGGGGGCAAGAAGGGCGGCGGCCACCCGCGCAAGAAGCGCGAGUCGCGCAUCACGUGGGCCGUGAUCUUCGCCGUCAUCGUACGGGCCCGUGCAGACAUCAAUUGACGCGUCGACGGCGUGGGGUUGACGCGAUGAUUCCGCGCAGGCCCUCGUCAUCAUCCUCGUGGCCAUCUGCCUCUUCCUCAAGUGCCGCAAGGCCCAGCAGGAGGCCCGAGCCCGCGGCUCGACGAACUGGCAGGCGCCGCCGCCGUCCGUCGAGCUCGGCAAGCCGGAGCCGGCGCCGGGGCACUGGCGCCCGGCCGACGAGAUGCAGACGCAGACGCCCGUGUGAGUUCACGUCUCUACUCUGGAUAUCACCAUACCCCCCUCAUCCUUGAAGAUAUCCUGCGCCGCGG